AUGCGAGACCGGCUGCCAGACCUGACGGCGUGUAGGAAGAGCGACGAUGGGGACGCAGCCAUUGUCGUUGAAAAGGACCACUUUAUGGACGACUUCAUCCAUCAGGUUGAGGAGAUCAGAAACAGUAUAGAUAUAAUAGCCCAGUAUGUUGAAGAAGUAAAGAAAAACCACAGCAUCAUUCUUUCUGCACCAAACCCAGAAGGAAAAAUAAAAGAAGAACUUGAAGAUUUAAACAAAGAAAUCAAGAAAACUGCUGAUAAAAUUCAGACCAAGUUAAAGUCUAUUGAACAAAGUUUCGAUCAGGAUGAGAGUGGGAACCGAACUUCAGUAGAUCUUCGGAUACGAAGAACCCAGCAUUCAGUGCUAUCUCAAAAGUUUGUGGAUGUUAUGACAGAGUAUAAUGAAGCACCGACUCUAUUUCGGGAGCGAAGCAAAAGCCGGAUACAGCGUCAGCUAGAAAUAACCAGAAAAACUACCACCGACGAUGAACUGGAAGAGAUGCUGGAGAGUGGGAACCCUUCCAUCUGCACGUCUGACAUUAUAUCAGAUUCACAAAUCACUAGACAGAAUCUCAAUGAAAUCGAGUCGCGUCAUAAAGACAUUAUGAAGCUGGAGAGCAGCAUCCGUGAGCUGCACGAGAUGUUCGUGGACAUGGCCAUGUUCGUGGAGACCCAGGGCGAAAUGAUCAACAACAUAGAAAAAAACGUUAUGAAUGCCGCAGACUAUGUAGAACAUGCUAAAGAAGAAACAAAAAAAGCUAUUAAAUAUAAAAGCAAAGCAAGAAGGAAAAAGUGGAUAAUUGUGGCUGUGUCACUGGUUCUGCUGGCUGUGGUUGCUCUAAUUAUUGGUUUAUCGGUUGGCAAGUGA